AUGGCUACAACACUCGUUAUGCGCUCGCUGCUGGCGGCGCGUAAUCCGUUAGACGAUGCCAAAGACACUCUCUCGUCGUGGGACAAGUGCAUGGCCAAGAAUUACUGCAAAUGGCCGGUGAUUGUCGCUAUUAUCGUAGGAGGCAUCAUCGUGCUCUCGGUGGUGCUGUGCAUAGCGCGCUGUGUAUGCUGCGGCGCGGAAUUGGCAUGCUGCUGCUUUAAAUGCUGCACUUGCUGCUGCCCCUCGGGCGGAAGAUCAGGCCACAAGCGUGUGAAGACACCUCCGCCCCGUCCAUACGAUGCCUCAGCCUACUCAGGGGGCCUACCUCCCGCGCCUGUCCCCGUUCCUAUGGAUACGCGGCCGCCGCAACAACAGUACCGAUCGCACGCCGCUCCUACCUUUAGCCCAGCGCCAGCGCCUACAUUCAACCCCGCGCCAGCACCUUCUGUGUCUUCGUACAACACAGCACCCAAGGCCGAAGCGCCUCAGUUUGCCAGAUUCGACGCACACGCGCCACCAGCCAACGAAGACGCCCUGCCUGCGAUGCCGAGCUGGAGAGACGCGAGGACUACGCAUGUUGAGGAGGAAUACAUUCCCGAAAAGCGGGACGACGUGGAGAUGGACAGACUAGAUCAGAAUGGAAGCGUGGCGGGGACAUCCAUGGCAGCGGUAGCAGCUGGCGGGGCGGCACGAAGGUCCCCCGGUCCCGCAAGAUCUCCAGUGCAGCGCCUCCAGGCGGAAGAGGGGUACGGGGACCCGCAGGGUUAUCAGGACGGUUCUUAUGCGAACAAUGCGCCGCGACGCAGUCCCUCGAAUGCGCCGAGCGGUUACAGCAGUGCGUACAGUCAGCAGGCGGAUGGUUACCGCGGUGCGUCGCCGGUAGACCAGUCGCUGUCUCCUGCUCCACUAUAUGGUGCCGGAGCCGGCUACGCGCAGAACAACCAGCAACACGACCGCCGAUCACCAGGCCCGGGCUACAACGGCUCAUCUAGACGCUCGCCUGGUCCCGGCUACGACCAAUAUGGCCAAUACGGCCAACAGCAACAGCAGCAGCCGCAACAGUACGGCCAGCAGCCGCAACAGUACGGCCAACAAAAUACCCGACAAUCACCUUUCCCGCUAAACACCAACAACUACGGCUACACCACCAACAACCCCCAGUACAGCCCUAGGGACGUCUCGCCCGUGACUCCCAGCAAUGACAUGUACAACACUGGAGUCCCGGCCGCCCUCGCUCCCGGUCGCGAUCCAUCCCCAGUGUACGCUCCGUCAGGCUCAACGCGAUUCGAGCCCCCUGCACCAUCGGGCUCCCCUGCGCCCGCGUAUCCCGGACAGCAAACAUACGGGGCUACCGAGGCAGCCCAGCCCGCACAGACGCCGUAUAGAGCGUAUACGCCCGCGCAAACGCAGGAUCCGUAUGCCGGGGGCGUGCCAAGGAGACCGGUGGAUGGAUCUUGGAAGGAGGUGUAG